AUGAUCCAACGGUUGGAAGCGCAAGGGUCCAAAGAUGGCAAAGGUAUAUGGGAUGACGGAUCUGACUAUGAUGAUGUGUCAAAGAUAUCUGUACGGGGUGACUCUGGAGGCAUACAAUACAUCCGAUUCGACUAUAUCAAGAAUGGACAACUGAAAUUUGGAUCAUACCGUGGUUACACGGGUCCAGGUUUCACUAAAACUUUUAAGAUUAAUCAUCUAAAAGAUGAACAGCUUGAAUCUGUUGAGGGUUACUAUGAACCCAAAUCAAAUGUGAUACAAGGAAUUCAAUUCAAAACCAACUUGAGGAUUUCUGAGCUGAUGGGAUAUGAAUUCAAUGGUACUAAGUUUUCACUAGCUGUUGAUGGAAAAAAGAUAGUUGGCUUUCACGGAUCUUCGAACGACAAACUCAGCUCUCUUGGACCAUACUUCACCUGGAGUGCUCCUACUAGAUUGGAGGCAAAAGGGGGGAAAGGAGGCCAGGAGUGGAAUGAUGGAGCCGACCAUGAAGGUGUUACAAAAAUAUAUGUCCGAGGUGGUCCUCAAGCUAUACAAUACAUCAAGUUUGAUUAUGUCAAGGAUGGACAAGAUGUAUAUGGGUCAAUCCAUGGUGUCACGGGUAGAGGUUUCACAGAGCUGUUCGAGAUCAACCAUCUCAACAAGGAAUAUUUGAUUUCUGUAGAGGGUUACUGUGACGACAGCAAGUCUGGGGUCAUUCAAGGAAUCCAAUUCAAAACGAACAUUAAAACUUCGGAACUGAUUGGCUACGACAACGGUAAGAAGUUUAUACUAGCAGCCAAUGGAAAGAAGAUCAUUGGGUUUCAUGGGUAUGCUGAGAAGAAUCUAAACUCCCUUGGCGCAUAUUUCACAACCUCUCCUUUCACUAAAGUAGCAUACGAAGGUGCUACCGUAUCCGAGCUUUGGGAUGAUGGGGCUUACCAAGGCGUUAGAAAGGUGCAUGUUCAUUAUGAUACUACCAUGUUUGAGGUCGACUAUCCAACUGAAUUGAUCACAUCUGUGGAGGGGACUUUGAAACCCGAUAGAGAGACAUUAGUUGCAUCGUUAACUUUCAGAACAUCAAAAGGAAGGACCUCUCCAACAUUUGGAAGGGCGACUGAUAGAAAAUUUGUGCUCGAAAGCAAAGGCUGUGCUAUUGUUGGGUUCCAUGGACGUGCUAGUGGUUCUGUUUGGGCCCUUGGAUCGUAUUUCAGUCCGUUGCCUCCUCUUGCUGAUGCGGAGAAACUUGAAGCACAAGGUGGUAACGGAGGAGCUUCUUGGGACGAUGGCGGUUUCGAUGGUAUUAGAAAUAUAUACAUUGGACACAACGAGAUGGGUAUCGCAUUCGUAAAGUUUAUGUACGACAAAGACAAUCAGGCGGUGGUAGGAGAUGAUCAUGGAAGCAAGACAUUACUUGGAGUUGAUGAGUUUGAGUUGGAGUAUCCGUCUGAAUACCUAAUAUCACUCGAGGGAAGUUAUUAUGAGGCGGAAGAUGGAAGUGAAUCCGGAGUGGUACGCAUGCUUACGUUCAAGACCAAUAUGCGAACCUCUCAAGUCUUUGGACUCGAUACAGAAUCAAACUUUACACUCGAGAAGGAAUGUCACAAGAUUGUCGGGUUCCAUGGAAAAAUAAUUAAAAAGAGAGAAAGCGAGAGAGAGAGAGAGACAGUGAAGGAGACGAUAGAACGUUUCCGCGAACUUCGUUUUGGGGAUUUUCGCAAUGUCGCAGGAUAA